CUUUGCCCGACCUCAAGGAUGUGGUAAGUAAUUGUUAAGGAGUGUUUUAAAAUGUGUCUACGAUUUAAUAAUAUUUGCUAUGUGACAUUUUUUGCUUUUGUGUAAUUUUUAUCGUUUGUUGAAUAUUUUUUUUACAUGAAACCGGUUAUUUAAUUGUGUGACCCUAAACAUGUUUUUAAUACGGUGAAUGCCGAAAUUUUGAACACAUAACUUUUUAUAAACAUUUCUUGUGACAAAAUGCGUGAAUAAUGUGAUAUUGUAGUUUUAAAAAUAUUUUCAGUACAGAAAUAUAUAUUUUUUUCUGUAAUGUGAAGUUGUUAAGCACAUAUAUUCUAAGUGAAUGUUUUUGAAAUAAAAUUUUUUAACUACGCUUAGUCUAGUUUUGAAUAAAAUAGUUUGAAAAACAGUCAAGAAAAGGGCUGUUAAGUUCAAAAUACAAAAAAGUGAAGUGAAAUUGGCACAAUAAAUAAUAAUUAUGUACAAAAACAAUUUUAAUUUCAUGCCUAAAAGGUUUCGUCUUUUGUAUGCAAAUUUUGCCAAUCACCAUUUUUUGUUGUAAUCAUACAUUUUUUUUUAAACGCCAAAUCAGGCUACAAAAUUCAAAUUUCACGUAGAACGUAUUUUGAAUACUUAAUUAUUAUAUUUUUAUUUAGUUAUUUGCCGUUUGAAGUUAUAAAUUCAAGUACGUACUUGCUUAGAUACCUUUUUAGCGAUGAAAUAAUUGCUAAUUACAAAAAAACAACCCGUGAAUAAUAAUAAAAAAAAUUUAUAUAUAUAUUAAAGCGUAUAACCUCGUUAUUUAAAAAAUAUUCGUUUGAAACUACAAAAAUAUUUGAAUAAAAUAUUUUCAUGUCAAAAUAAAAAGUGAAUAUUUUUAUAAAAUUUUUACUGCCAUUUAGAGCAACUAAAACUCAAGAAAAACCAAAAAUAAUAAUAAAUUUAAUUCUUGCUGCAUCAUUUUCUAUUAAAGGGUUACGCCAUUAUUUCUACAAAACUCAGUUUAGUCAAUAAAUAUGUCGCGGAAGCGCUGAUAAUGUUCAAAUUAUGCCACUGUUUACCCACCUACAUACACUUUAUCUGUAAACAAAUUAAGCUAAUUUGACAUAAAUCAAAAUUUCCAUACAACUUCAUACGCUGACAGCUCCUUGACACUUGUGAUAAUUGCAUAUUUAAUGUACUCGUAUAUACUAAAUACCUACAUGCAUAAAUAUAAAAUCAAAACUAUGAAUUAUAUGCCCAUGCCAAUAAGCAUACCCCCAUUUAUGCCCUCAACUACUUUUGUGUUUUCACCACCCACCAAGUAGCCGUUAUAAGCCGCAGUAUUGUGGCAUUGCGCAUUUAGGUGACCAACAACCUUCACUAAGUUCGGUGUGCAUUUUUAGCAAAUAUUCGAGAAACUAUAUUCCAAAUGCAACGUCAACGCUGUAGCAAGAGUGCAAGAAGGCCACCAGUGCGCAAGAGCACUGUGCGCGCAGAGCAAAAGGAGCUGAAUGUGACACCCGUUCAUAGCGUGAAUAUUGCCUUUAAGACGGCCACUUUUGGCAUGGGCUGCUUCUGGGGCGCCGAAUCGUUAUUUGGCGGCAACAAAGGCAUUUUGCGCACAACUGUCGGCUAUGAGGGCGGCUCCAAGGAUUCACCAACGUACCGUAGCCUUGGUGAUCAUACUGAAGUACUGGAGAUUGACUACGAUCCCAAAACCAUCUCGUUCAAACAACUAUUGCAUCUCUUCUGGAACAAUCAUGAAUACGGUCUUACCAACCCCAUCAAGCGUCAGUAUAUGUCAUUGAUCUUAUAUCACGAUGAUGAGCAAAAGAAGAUCGCUGAAGAAUCAAUUGUAGAGGAGCAAAAGAAACGUAUGCCUGAAAAAAUUAUUACCGAGAUUUUACCGAAAGGAAAAUUCUAUCCUGCUGAAGACUAUCACCAGAAAUACCGUCUGCAGGGCCACAAAGAUCUCGCCGAAACUCUGAAUCUCGAUGCAAAACUGUUGCGCACCUCCUACGUGGCCACCAAAUUGAAUGGUUACCUAGCGGGUGUGGGUGGCGUUAAGCAAUUCAAAGAUGAAAUCGAUACACUUGGCUUGACACCCUCACAAAAGGAAUAUUGCCUGUAUCAGGUGGAGCAGAAUGAGGGUACGGGCCUUUAUUGUUGAGCGGCUGGCGAUUCGUUCAGCAACCAUCGGCGCCAUUGCAGCCCAUUGCUUGAUGUGAAGAAGCGGAUAUAUACUUCUGCAUGAAUUUACUCAUACAUAUUUAUUUUGUUAACGAAAAUUUUAAGCCUAAAGCGUCUAUUUACUCAGUGAAACAUGUCACUUUGGCUUUUCGCUUAAACGGUAGUUUGCGGUGUAUGCAUACACCAUGGGCGUACCAGUUUUUGGAUGCCAUAUGUAUUAUUAUUAUUAUGACACUAUUAUGCAGGUAGUAUGAAUUUAGAAUUUUUAUAGAAUAUAAUUUUUAAAUUUUAAAUGAGUGUGAUAGAACUAUUCCAGAGAAAAUAUGUGCUACUACAAAGAAGAAGAAGUAAAAACAUUGUAUGGAAUUAUAGAAAAAUAAUUAUUUUUACAAAAAUAAAUAUAUAUAUACAACACGUUUUGAUUUAAUGAUUGAAA